CUUGCCGAUGGCACCCCAUACUCCCAGCUAUGCGCAGUUUCCCACCAGCUUGGCCAAAGCAACCUGAGGUCUUCACCGUGGUGAGACAAGCAGAUGAGCUUUCUCUGAAGGAGGAUCUUUGGUUGGCAGACGCCCGGGAAUUCUUGCGGAACUGUCCGGACUGGCCCAUAGCAGACGCGACCAGCGUGCAGGUCGAGGCAACGCCAAACGAGCUGCCACGCCGCUUACAGUCUGUGAACUUUCUGGCCUGGCAGAAAGGUCAACUUACAGAGCACCUCCGGCGAAAGAGCGAACAAACCUUGGUGGCUGCAGCAGAUCUCCGCGAACUGGUCACUGCUGUGCAAAGAGAUGCCUUGAGCAUUCAAGCUGAAGAAGAGGCUUUGUGCAAGGCGGAAGAGGAGCUGCUGCUGAACCGCAAGCGUUGUGCUGGGGAACUGCAGCAGCUGUGGCAGGAGUUGGAUCUCCGAGAGAUGGCCUUCACCGACGCCGCCUUGGAGGUCUUGGAAGCUCCAACAGCAGCCAGCGAGCUGAUGCAAGCAGCACAGCUCUCUGAGGCUGUUUGUGAUCAGGCUGGUGACCUGCAAGAAGAGACUGCGUUGCUGCUGGACAUGCACCAGGACCUGGAGACCAGAGACGCCUCCCAGCAUUGCAAUGAGGCAGCUUUCGGAUGCCUGGUGGAACGAGAGUUGACCUUGGACGGUUUGGAGGAGCUCCGAGAAGGCAUUGCGGAGCACUUGCAGCAAGCAUUGCUGCUUGACGAUGAUGCCAGAGAGGCGAUCCUGACCUCGUUGGGUGGAGUUGGUUGGACUGAAGGUGACCUCCCAGCCACGGCAACCAGCGAGUUUUCCGGCACUGCGCCCAGCUCAGCGCGCCACAGCGGCCGCAGCACUGGCAGUCUCAAAAAGGUUUAUGCCAGCCCCAGGGACCUGGUGGAGACCUCAAAGAUCCUCAGAUUGAGUCCCCAGAGGCCGGAAGAUGUUUAUCUGGAGUGGGAUGAGGCUGAGAACCUGGACGACCUGGAUGUCCUGGAUGUGGAUUUGGAGAUGGAGCAGCAGUACGAGGACGAGGAAUUCGGACAUCAGGACUACCCGAACUACACUGAUGGCAGCCUUUCAGCUGGAGACGAGUUGAUCUUCGAAGAAGAGGAGGAAGCGGAUGCGGAAGAUGUCGAUGAGGAAGUUGAUCCAGAUGACCUGAUUGAAGAGCUUGAAGAGACCAACGAAUUCAACGAGUUCAACGAUGCUGGCGAGGAGCCGGAGGAGCUGCUCCCACAACGCUUGGAUACCUUGCUCGGCACAGUGGACAGUAGCUCUGGUGUGGCUCUGCCAUCGGACUCGUGUUUCAUUGGUGUUCCAGCUGAGGCGAAUGCCAAAGCACCGCCUAUGCAGUGUGCCAUAAGAAGUGUGACGCAGGUGACCAGGUCAUCAUUUCCGACAAAGACAUCCUCGUUUGUUCCGAGUGUGCCCGCUGCACCACUGGCAAAGUUCCCAGUGUCCUAUUGCCCGCGACAAGCCAUGGGUCCACCACAGCAUCAACCUUUGGCUGGCUUCGUUCAAAUGGUCAUGCCAAAGCGAUAAAAA